AUGGAGAUGCCCCUUCCUUUUGGAUGGAAGCCUCUCAACAUCGACCGCUAUGAUGACACUACCGACCCAGAUGAGCAUAUCGAUCUGGUUUUUCUGACCUCGCUUAAGGGAUCGACACUCGCCUGGUAUACUCAAUUGCCAGCGGGAUCAGUCGAUAGCUUCAACACUCUGGUGAGGCGAUUCACGGUGCAAUACGCAACGAGUCAAACUCAUCACAUCACAUCCGCUACCCUGGCCAGCCUUAGACAGGGCGACGACGAACCAUUGAGGACGUUCGUGAAGCGCUUUGCCAGCAUCUCCGUCAAGAUCCACAACCUCAACCCCGAGGUCGCCCUACACGCCAUGCUCAUAGCGCUCAAGUCAGGACCUUUUAUUGACAGCCUUUGUUGA